AUGAUCACCAGCAACUUCUCCACAAAUAUUGUCACUGAGGUUGUCCUACUUGGCUUCUCUAAUCUCCACCAGCUUCAAAAACCACUCUUCUUUCUCUUCCUGGUCAUGUACAUAUUGACUUUGAUUGGCAAUGCUUUAGUCAUCCUUAUGAUCCAGAUAGAACAUCGUUUACAUACACCAAUGUACUACUUCCUCAAGAACCUCUCCUGGUUGGAAAUCAUCAUCACCACAACUGUCACUCCCAAGAUGCUCACCCUACUCAUCUCAAAUGAAAACACCAUCUCUUUCUUUGCUUGUGCCCUACAAGGAUAUGUGUACUUUGUUGCUGGCACCACUGAAGUCCUCCUUUUGGCUGCCAUGUCAAUAGACCGCUACAUGGCCAUCUGCAACCCAUUACGGUACACAGCUAUCAUGAGCACCCGGGUCUGCCAGGUGAUGGUUCUGUCCUGUUGGUUGGGCAGCGUCUUUGCCAUCACAGCCUCCAUGUUACUAAAGGCAGGUCUGCCUUUUUGUGGCUCCAAUGUGAUUGAUCAUUUUUUCUGUGACAGUGGUCCUCUGCUUGAAAUGAUAUGUGCUGACAUCCUCUUCCUGCAGGCCUUGGACUUUGCAGUUUCCUGCUUCACACUUCUCAGCUCUGUAUCUGUGACAACGGUCUCCUAUAUCUAUAUCAUUAUCACUGUGCUGAAGAUGCCCUCUGCCAAAGGCAGAAAGAAAACAUUUGGCACAUGCAGUUCUCACAUCACUGUGGCAUCACUUUAUUAUGGCAGCUCCAUCUUCAUCUAUAUCAAGCCAGCUGGCAGCUCUUCAAUGGAAUUCAACAAGGUAGCGACAGUGUUCAACACAGUGGUGACUCCAUUGCUGAAUCCCAUUAUUUACAGCUUCAGGAACAAGACAGUGAAGGAAGUCCUCAGAGAUACAUUGGCAAGAGUGUGGACAACAUGGCAAAGUAAGCCCUAA